UGAGGCGGUAACCGCUCCACUGCUCUUCACUUCAACUUCUACCUGCCAAGGAUGGCAAAGAAACGGAGAGUUCCAGAGAUUCUGUGGAAACUCUUCCGUGAAAGAGCUCGAACUCUUGCUGACACAAUCAAGUCUAUGGUCUCACAAUCAAGCGGUGAAGCGACAAAUGCGUUUUUUCUCAUUAAACGUGGCGAUCCUACCGGUUACCGCAAGCUCCUCCAUCAAUGCUUCGUUGUUGUCAACGAGGAAGCGCCGCAUUAUUCUGGUUUCUCUCCGAUCAAGCACUGGUCACAACACGAGAUUGUUGAAAGGAUUAUGGAGAUGAGUCAGAUACUGGAAACGCCUAAUGUCAUAUAUGGUGGUUUUGACAAGUAUCAUUGUUCGAGCCCCAUUUUAGAGCUUCUAAGUUGUUCAUCAUGGUCACUUCUUUUAGAAAGGGUUGGGGAAAAUGUCAUGUGUUAUCUCCUACAGCAUACAUCUAUAUUUUUGCCCCUCCCUCCUAAGAGACACCAUCAAGUAACGGGCCCUCCUAUCAGUAGCCAUGAAUUUUUCAAGUCUAAGGCAGACUUUCAAGGUUACCAAAAGAAGAGGAAAAUUGUUGAUAUUGCUUGUUCAGUGUCAGAGACACAGCAAGAAUAUUCUGUUGGCUGUGUUGGUUGUAAUGAAAAAAGAUGUGUAUGGCAAUUCAGGAGGCAUCCUGAUUACAAAAAUGGUCAGAUGAAUGUCUUUGGAGUAGAUACUGCAACAAGUUGCGCUGUUGUUGCUAAAAUUAAGGGAAAUACAGGGGAACCUCAAACAAGCUGUGAUCAGGUUACUGCUAAACCAAGAAAGCGUUCACGGCCUUUUAGGUGGCAGCGCCACAGAAAAUGUAGGCAUAUAGAAUUACAAGAAUUUAGUGAUAAGAAAGCUUGCAAAAUUCCUUGUGAUGAUAAAAACAGCUCAUGUGGUAAGCAUCUAUAUGACAACAACAGGAUGCAAGAAAAAUGCUCUUGUUGUUUGAUGUUACAAGCUCAUCAGUUUGUCACUGAUAGGGAUCAUAUUAAUAGACGGUUCAUGUUCUACAGUUUAGAAUACUCUUCAACGGUUCUUCCUCACAGGCAUAUAUUGAAUUCCUUAAAGCCCAAUAUUUCUGAUUCAAAGAUUCUUAUCAAGAGAAUUUUUGGCUUAUCUGAUGUAAACAAGAGUGCUCAGUCAAUGGCAUGCUCCCACAGCGGUGACUUUUGUCUCAUGGGAUCUGCAUGCCUGUAUCACAAACUAGUUAGAUUACUUAAGGUACUCUUGCGCAGAUUUCAAACUUGCCAGCAUUUAAGGUUGUUGGAGAAGCACUGUGUUCCAUCAUCGGAUCAAAAGGGGAAUGAAUUGGGGAAAAAGGUAUGUGGGAAAUCUAAUGUUUCCUGUAUUAAAGAUUUCAAGAAAAGUCUGGAAGCUGGUGAUUCUCAUUUUGAGGCACUCAAACCGUAUUGCUUGAAAAGCCAGGUUGAGUCAUUUAUAUGGGCAGUUUGUAGGAGUAUAAUUCCUGCGGAUUUGUUAGGAACUCCUUCAAACUGGAGAGUUCUAAGGAGAAAUAUUUCCAAGUUUAUACAGCUGAGAAGAUUUGAGAAAUUCUCUAUUAAACAAUGUAUGCAUAAAUUGAAAAUUUCAAAGUUCCCAUUCUUAUCAGAUAAACACUCUUCAUGCUACCUGAAAGCCCAGGUGCCAAAGGAUAGGAUGGAGGAGAAUGCCAGAUUGUGUGAAGAAUUCAGCAAACUGAAUAAUACCAUGCUCAAAAUGAAACAUAAACUUUUAGCAAACUGGAUAUUUUGGUUCUUUUCACAUCUAGUGCUGCCAUUAGUGCAAGCCAACUUCUAUGUCACCGAAACCGAGCAUGGGAAACAAGAUAUAUAUUAUUAUCGGAAGUCAGUUUGGGAAAAUUUGAUGAACAAAGCUAUCACUAGCUUGAAAGAUAAGAGCUAUUGUCAGUUAGAUGAUGCAACUCUUAGAAGUGUUAUAAGCAAGAGAUCAUUUGGUUUCUCGAAGCUCAGACUUCUUCCAAAAGAAAAUGGAGUAAGGAUGCUGGCAAAUCUUAAAGCACCGUCAAAGCUAGUGAAAAAGGAAUUCAAAGAUAGUUGCUCGCAAAUGCUGAAGGAUGCUCAAAUGUAUCAUAAAACAGUGAAAUUCGACUAUUUUAAAUCCAUCAAUGGUGUUCUUCGUGAUAUGCAUGCUGUUCUAAAGGGUUUAGUAGUGAAAGAACCAGAUAAGUUAGGAUCAUCAGUGUUUGAUUACAAUGAUGUCUAUAGAAAGUUAUGCCCUUUUCUAAUUGGUCUGAGGAAUGCAUCAACAAUAUUUCCAGGCAUUUUUGUUGUCGUUUCUGAUGUAUCAAAAGCAUUUGAUUCUAUUGAUCAAGAUAGGCUUCUUAGUGUAAUGAAUGAUGUCAUACUGGAGGAUAAAUUUCUUCUUGAACAUCCCUAUCAAGUAGUAUGUACAAAGAAAUCAAUGAAGAUACAUGAUAAUCCUGUAUUGAUUGAUCAUAAUAUCAGCACUGGUACAAGAUUUACAUCUUCUCUUUCAGUGCAUAGUAUUCUUGUUAAUCAGGGUAGGAGACAAUAUGUGAAGAAAAGCGAACUGGAAUAUAUUCUAAAUCAGCAUGUUAAGCGCAAUGUGUUGCAGCUAGAUAAAAAAUUUUACCUACAAGGCAUAGGUAUAGCUCAAGGAAGUGUUAUAUCUUCUCUACUUUGCUCAUUAUACUAUGGAGAUAUGGAAAGGAACGUGAUCUAUCCCUUUAUUGAGAAAACUCAAGAAUCUGAUUUUCAAGUUCUAUCUGAGAGUCAUCAGCAUGGGGAGAAUAGUCAGAGUGAAACAAUUAUCUCAUCACCAAGUUAUAUCAUUGAUUUAGAAAAGCCUCUGGGAAAAUCUCAAUCAAUUCUCCUUAGAUUUAUUGACGAUAUACUUUUCAUAUCAACCUCGAAGAAACAGGCAACUAAAUUUUUCCACAGACUGUGGAGGGGAUUUCCAAAUUACAACUGCUACAUGAAUGAGGAAAAAUUCUGUGUGAAUUUUGAUGUUGGACAUACUUCAGGGCUGUCCUCAAAUAGAAUUUAUGUAGGUGCAGAUGGUGUUUCAUUUCUUCGUUGGAGUGGUUUGCUCAUCAACUGUAGCACUGCAGAGGUUCAGGGAGACUAUACAAGGUAUUGGAAGAAUCAUUUGAGCUCCACACUUACUGUCUGCUGGCAAGGCAAACCAGGUCAUCAUUUAAAGUCAAGGUUAUGUGCCUUCAUGAGACCAAAAUGCCAUCCUAUGUUCUUUGAUUCAAAUAUAAACUCAGCUGCUGUUGUCAGAUUGAAUAUCUACCAAGCCUUUCUAUUGUGUGCCAUGAAGUUUCAUUGUUAUGUAUCCAACUUAUCGUACAUUUGCAAACUAAGAUCAAGCUUCUAUCUGAAAAUCAUUGAAAGAUCCUUGAGGUAUAUGCAUAUGCUGAUUAAGAGACGGAUGCAAUCUGUGAAUGUUGGUUUAAAAUUCCAGCCAGUUCUUCGAUUGGAAGAUGGGGAAGUUGAAUGGCUGGGAUUAAAUGCCUAUGUUAAAAUAUUAAAGAGAAAACAAUCACGGCAUAAAGAGUUGCUGUCAAUGUUGAGGUCGAAGUUACUGGUGCACAGAAUCACAGGCAGUCCUUCAGAUGAAUUGAAGUAUGCCAUUGAUGGGUUACAUUCCUCUUUGUUCUGGAAAAUCAAGUACUAGAAGAUCCUUAGAAUUGAGGGACAAGCAAUUCUGAAAAUUUGGGGUUGAAACUGCGUUUGUGUUGGAUAUUUAUUUUAUAUCUAGUAUUACAUGUUCAUUAUUCUACUUUGAAAGUUAUUUGUUAAAUCUGUGAUAUGAACAAAUAAUAUAAAUACUUUUGAAAACUGUUAUUUAGGAUCAGAGCUAAUUGACAUUAUGUUUCAAACACGCAUGUAGUUGGUGGUCUUUGCACUUUUGUCUUUUUAUGAGAGUUGGAAUUAAAUUA